AUGAUGGAACGUUUUAAUACUGAUAGUUCUAUAUUUUGUUUCAUUCUUUCUACAAGAGCUGGGGGUAUUGGUGUUAAUUUAACUGGGGCCGAUACUGUUAUAUUUUAUGAUUCUGAUUGGAAUCCGACAAUGGAUGCUCAAGCACAGGAUCGUUGUCACAGAAUUGGACAAACAAGAAAUGUAACAAUUUAUCGUUUAAUUAGUGAAAGAACAAUUGAAGAAAAUAUUUUAACAAAAUCAACACAAAAAAGGCGUUUAGGGGAAAUGACAAUAGAUGAAGGGGAAUUUACUCCAGAUUUUUUUAAAUCAGCAAAUAAUUUGAGAGAAUUAUUUAAUAAUGAAGAAACUGUUGCAAAUAUAUUAAAAGAAAAUGAAGAAUUAAUUAAAAAUAAUAAAACUUCAACAAAAGAAUUAGAAAUGGCUAUGUUAAGUGUUGAAGAUACACAAGAUGUUUUGGCAGCACAAAAAGCUAAAGAAGAAAAUAAUGUUGAUUUAAUUGAAUUUGAUGAAAAUACUCUAAAUAAUGGAAGGGGAGGAGGAGGUGGAGAAGAACGUGGAAAUAGUUAUAUUGAAAGUCCUUCAGAACAAUAUUUGGAAUUAAUUAAUGAGUUAAAACCAAUUGAACGAUAUGCCGUCAAUUUUCUUACAAAUGAGUACAGGCCUGCUUUAGAUAAAGAAUUUGAAGAAACUGAGGCAUUAAUUCGAGCAAAACAAAAAGAAUUUUUGCAAGACAGUAGUGAGGAUGAUGUUUCUGAUAAAGGAAGUAUUAUUAGCAAAAAAUCAUCAAAAAAUGGGAAACAAAAUAAACAGCAAAAUAAACAUAACAACAACAACAACAAAGCAACAAUUGAACAAAAUAUUACUUUUGAUGCAAAUUUAAAUGAGGUAUUGAAAAAAGAGGAGAGGGUUAGUAGAAAGAAUAGUAGUAAUUCUCUUAAAAAUAAAAAGGGUUCUAGUAGUAAUAUAAUUGUAAAAAAGCGUUACAAUACAAGAAAUUCAUCUUUAAAUAUACCACCAACAACAACAAGUCAACAAUCAUUAAAUAAUAAUUUUGCUAUCCCUCAAUUACCUCAAACAAGCAGUAAUGGAUUUGGUAGUAGUAAUAAUAAGAGCAGGAAAAAAGGCUCUUAAAACUAUUUUUUUAAUAAUUUAUAGGGCGUUUUAAAAUUUAUUUUAGAAAAAAAAAGAUUUUAUACGAGUAUUUUUUUGUUUAGUUUUUUUGUCUAUUUUUUGUAGCGUUUAUUAGAUUUGCCUUUUUUUUGGUUGGUAGUUUAUAAUUUGAGAAUUAAAUGGGAGGAAACGACUACUAGUCCUUCAAAAUAUUUUUAGAUACCUCAGUAUUAGUGUUUCGCCGGAACCGCAAAUUUGGCAAAUUUGUAACUUCUGGCGAAACACUACCCAGUAUCUCACACUACCAAAUAAUCUCUGUUGAUAAUACAAUUUUUGAAAUUUAUUUAGUCAUUAGGUGUGGAGGGGACGUGUUUUAGUUGUCCCUUAGACUACAAAUUUUAAUUUUUUUUCAAAAAGGCAAAUCUACUUUUAAAACUCUUUUUGUUCAAUUGUUUUAUUAUUUACCUGCCAAUAUUCUCCUCUCUCUCUUUAUUUUUAUCAUUAUUAUUACACCUCUUCUAUAUAUCCAAAUCUUAAAUAUUUUAUGCGUUUAUUCUCAAUCACAUCAACUGCAAGACUUUGCUCUUUUGUAUA